UUUCCUCAAAACAAAGGGGAAAAAAAUAAUAAGAAAAGAAAUGGAGUUGAACUUCCAAAACAAUUAUGUAUAUUCCUCUUCAUCAUUAGCCAAGAAAGCGCGGUUUAACAACACGAAUGGUAGAAAUUCAAAUAGAAGCAAGUUUGUGGGUGUUAGACAACGUCCAUCCGGAAAAUGGGUGGCAGAAAUCAAGAACACCACCCAAAAAAUCCGGAUGUGGCUUGGGACUUUUGACACAGCAGAGGAAGCCGCCAGGGCAUAUGAUGAGGCGGCUUACUUGCUCCGUGGGUCAAAUGCCCGGACCAAUUUUCUCCAUCAUGUACCCUUAAAUUCCGCACUUUCUCUAAAGAUAAGAAACUUACUCAACCACAAGAAAUGCCUUAGACAAAACUCAAUCACCAAAACCAAUUCUAACACUAUCAACACACCAAAAAGUAGUACUCCCGAAUUGCCAUUGCGCGCACCGAUGGCUUGUAAGGUUGAAGCCAACAAUGUCAAGAUUGAAACUUGGUCAUCUAGAUUUCCAGAAAAUGAAAUUUUAAAUGAUGGGUAUAAGCCAGAUUUGACAAAUUGUAUUGGGAAAGUUGAGAUUGGUGAUCCAAGUAGCGGUUCUUGUUAUGAGCUUCAAAAGUCUAACUUGCCAUUGAAUAUUAUUGGUGGUGAAUUUGAUGGGUUUGAUUUAGGACCAAUAUCAAGAAAAGGUGAUCAAGAUGAUGAUGUAAGCACAACAACAACAAGUGAUUUUGAAAGGAUGAAAGUAGAAAGACAAAUAUCUGCAUCAUUAUAUGCUAUGAAUGGUGUUAAUGAAUAUUGGGAGAAUGUUCUUCAUGAUUGCUCUGACACUACUUCUUAUUGGGAUUUGCCAAUGUUGUCACAAAUGUUUUGCCCAAUCACUUAAAACUUUACAGAAAUAAUUCUCUAGUAUU